AGAUGUGGAGCAGACAGGCCCCAGAAUGACCAGAGGAGUUGAGAAUCAUGGCUGCGGGAAAAUUUGUGAGCCUUCCCAGAAACAUGCCGGUGAAUCACCAGUUCCCUCUAGCCUCGUCCAUGGACCUUCUGAGCAGCAAGUCCCCUCCGGCUGAGCAUCACACAGAUGCCUAUCAAGACGUGUCUAUACAUGGUACCCUCCCACGGAAGAAAAAAGGCCCUCCUCCCAUCAGGUCCUGUGAUAACUUCAGUCACAUGGGGACUCUGCCCCAUUCCAAGUCCCCACGGCAGAACUCCCCUCUGACCCCGGCCAUCAUCCAGGAGCACCCCCUGCAAGACUGGAAAGGGGAAACCUUCACCUUCAGGGAUCAGCAUCUUCUGGACCCAACUCUGGAAUAUGUGAAGUUCUCCAAGGAGAGGCACAUUAUGGACAGGACCCCCGAGCGGCUGAAGAAGGAGCUGGAGGAGGAGUUGCUGCUGAGCGGCGAGGACCUGCGAAGCCACGCCUGGUACCAUGGACGCAUCCCCCGCCAG